AUGCCCUCGCUCUUCCUGUAUUCUGCUGGCUCUAAUGCGCGCGGCCAGCUUGCGACAGGCGACCAAGAAGAUGCCCACCACUUCACCCCUUCCCGCUUCUCCAACGUGACCACCCCUGGCCGCCUUCCCGAUGGUGCAGUGGGGCUGAGACAGGUCGCGUGCGGCGCAAACCACACUCUCGCCCUCCUAGAGAUGCAGGACGGCGUUCUGGAGCUUUGGGGGUGCGGGGACGGCAGACGCGGCCAGCUGGGCCCUUCCUACGACUCCAAUCUCGCGAACACGACGUUCCGCCCGCUGGACCUACUCUUGGGAGGAGACACGGAAGGAUACGCGGUGCGCAUCAUCGCUGCUGGCUGGGAGACGUCCUACGUCGUUCUCUCGCGCGCCGAAGCCGACGACGUUGUCCUCUCCAUGGGCGCGGACGACCGCGGCGCACUCGGCGUCGGGGGCACCGACGCGACCUCCUCAACCCCAUCCGCGCCCCGGACACACACCGUCCCCCUCCGACCCCUCCUCUCCGACCUGGGGCACGAAGACGCCACGCUCCAAGUGCUCGCCCUCUCCGCGGGCCCGCACCACGUCAUCGCCCACGUCCGCGCGCUGCGCCCCGACGGCUCCGCGUUCGCCUUCCUCGCCGGCUGGGGCGCCGCGCGGCACGGCCAGCUGGGCCCGCUCGACGCGCCCGCGCCGUUCCUCGCGCGCCCGACGCUGGUCUCGAUGCCGACGACGCACGCGCUCGCCGCGCUCGCGCUCGGGCAGGCGCACUCCGCCUUCCUCCGCGAGGACGGCACGCUCGGCGCGAUGGGCGCGACGCGCAAGAACCAGUACGCGGGCCUCGCCGGGCGCGAGCACGUCGCCGCCGUCGCCUGCACCUGGCACGGCACCUACGCCCUCUUCCGCAGCGGCGUCGUCGUCGCCGCCGGCAGCGGCGCGCACGGGCAGCUCGGCCGCGGCCGCGAGGGCGUCGAGCGCUCCGCGGGCCCCGCCCCGGUGCAGUUCCCGUUCGCGAUGGAGCCGGGGCGGGCGGCGCGGAUCGCGUGCGGGAGCGAGCACGCGCUGUGCUUGGUCGACCAGGGCGAGCGGGGCGGGAUGGAGGUCUGGGGGUGGGGCUGGAACGAGCACGGGAACUUGGGACUGGGCUCGACGGAGGACGUGCACGAGCCCACGCGGGUGUGGCCCCCGGCGGAGGAAGGGGCGCGGAGGAGGGGCGAGGCGAUCAACAUUUGGGCGGGAUGCGGGACGUCCUGGGUGUUGGUGUUGCGAUGA